GAGUUUGUUUUGCAUGUCUGCAUCUUUGAAAAAGAUCCUGGAAGGCAUCCCUCAAGAGAUCAAAAAAAUCAGAAUAGAAAACUCUCACCUUACAGAACUGCCUCCCAGGGCAUUCUCCAAUGUCAGUGCCUUGGAAUAUCUUUGGCUUAACUUUAAUAACAUCACGGUCAUGCACCUCAAAAGCCUAGAGUGCCUAAAGGAUUUGCUUGAGCUGAGACUGCAAGGAAACAAGCUGCGUUCAGUACCAUGGACAGCGUUCCAGGCGACUCCUGCGUUAAAAAUCCUGGACCUAAAGCACAACAGACUCGACGUCCUUCCAGAACACGCCCUCCGCUAUCUGCCCAACUUGACCUACCUAGACUUAUCUUCCAAUCAACUUACAGUCAUCUCCAGGGAUGUUUUCUAUAACUGGCCGGAGAAGAAGGCGGGAAUGUCAUCGAACGCAGUGUUAGCCUUGCAUGAUAACCCCUGGAUGUGUGACUGUCGCCUGCGAGGGUUUGUCCAGUUCAUCCAGUCUAUUGGCCCUCCCCUAAUUCUGAUGAAUUCCUACUUAACUUGUUUGAGCCCCCCGUUUAGGGAAGGAAAGUACUUUCACGAAGUAGAGCUGCACAGCUGUACGAAGCCGGUGGUUUCUGCCACCGAGUCCAACGUUACUGUCGCUGUCGGACUAAACGUUACCUUGACCUGUCUGGUGCACUCCAGACCCACCUCAGCAAUCUGGUGGACUUACACGCUGAAACAUCUACGUGCAUUUAACGUGUCUACGAGCCAUGUCAGCAAAGAUACAGCCAAGUCAGAUUUGGUGAUUCCUUCAGUCCAUAUUAUGGAUCAGGGCAACUAUACCUGCACAGCUGCCAACUUCCUCGGUAACACCUCAGCCACAAUCACACUGCACAUUCGAGCCCCCAGUACGAUGGCUUCUUCCUUCUCCUCCUCCUUCUCAAGGGAGGAUCCCUCUAUCGACGUGAGGAUUGCCAAGCAGACAGUCUACGGGAUCACGCUGGAAUGGUACACUGUGACUGAGAAUCCAGGGGAAACCUGGUAUACCCUCCAUUUUGGGAAGUACGACUCCAAGAAGGAGAUGAUUUACAUCGCCCCCGGCAUCAACAGCUAUUCGGUCAAUGACCUGCUUCCUGCCACUAAGUAUGAAGUGUGUGUGACUUUGAGGAAUCAGAUGCCUCAAAGGGGGCAGUGCAUUGUCUUUGUGACUGGAAAUGACAUCAGUGAGCUGGAACAGCGAGAGAAACUCAUCCAUAUCAUCAUUGUUGUGUGUGCCAUGGUCCUGGCUGUCCCCGCUGGAAUGUACGCCUGCACUACCGAGACCCGCUUCAAUUGCCCAUGGAAAUGCCCCGACAUCUGCCGCAAGAAGAGAAAAGCGAAAACCCUUCGAGGAGUCAAUAAGGGGAGCAUCUUUGACAGUUUGCCGUCAGGCAGCGACGAGGGGUUGUGCCAGCAGGACUCCAGUGACAGCAAAAGGAACCUGAGGGUGUUUGAGGACAAGGAGAUGACCAGCAAACAGAAAUCCGAACAGAGUAAUAGCGCAGAUCUCUAUUAG